UUUUAAUUUAACUAUAAGCAAAAUGUUCCUCACACUCAGCUUCCUUAUGUCUCACUUCUGUAACCUAAUCUUUUCAUAUUGACAAGGAACCAGGAAAUCUGUACAAAAUAUGAAUAAUUUGGGGAAACACCCAGAGCACCGUUUUCAGCUCGUUUGUUGGUAAAAAGGUGAUUUAAUUGGAUGACAGCAAAAACACAACAAACAUGUCAGCUAGUUAGCAGCUAAAAAGCUAACGAGGACGGCAGCUUUAACUCGAGAAAAGGAGCUGAGACGCAAGUAAAAAAGCUCUGUGGAGUUUGGACAACAUUUUAUUUCUUAAGAGGCUGUUUUGAGAGAUGUUUGGACAAAUCCAGAGAAGAAUCACAAAGGUGACUUUAUACAAAUUUUGGAAUGUGGAAAGAAAAGAAGACAAGAGCAGAAAAACUAGGAAAACAUGAACCAAACACAUGUCCGAUGAUUGUGGGUGAAAUGAUGAAAUCAGCUCCCAGGAUGAGGACUGUAAAGUCAAAAGAGCAGAUUAAAGUUACCACAUCGAACAGCAGAUCCAAUGCAGGCAAGGUUACUACUACAUGUGAAAAAUCAGGUAAUAUAAUGAGGCUUUGUGUCAACUUGAUGCCUGUUUUGGCCUCAGCUAAGGAGCCUGUGGAGGAGGAGGAGAAAGAAGAGGAGAAUACCUGUAUGAAUGGAAAGGAACCAGAAACCAGCAGCAAAAAUAAAUUGGCUGAAGAGAUACAUGCUGAUCCAAAUGUCUCUCACACAGGAUUAACUUUGGACAGAACCACAGAAACCAAACAACCAGUGAGUCCUCGGUUUGUUCUGCCACCGAUAACUCAACCUAAACCACCUCCUGAGUGUCGUGAUUGUCAAAAGACUAAGAACUGCCAGACACUCUUACCUCCCAUCAGUUUAUCUGAGCAAACUACAAUCAUCUCUCCAAACAUGACGGCUAAAGGCUGUGGAGGCGACCGACCAGUUACAGGACAAGCAUCAGACAGCAGGACCUGGAUAGACAAUCCUCUGUCCUCUAAAAGUCGGUCUGCGGAGUUUCGUCUUCCUGACAUCUCCUUGUCCAGUCUGGAGGCUCUGCUGCAGACGGUCACACAGAAACUGGGGAGGAAACGUGGAGGCGGUGACGGAAGACCACAGAGACGCUUCCAGUCUGACCACCUCCUCACGGUCGAACACUGUCUCAGUGAGAGGAGGGUCGGGCAGCAGACUGAACGCUGCGCUGAGGAGGGAAAACUGAAAAAAAUUCCAGCGGUAUCAGGCACAUCAGUGGGAGGAUGGAGUGUCAACAAGCGGCGGAGCGUCCCUCCUCUCUGCUCCGCACCGAAACCAACGCUCAUCCUCACUAUGACCAAGAAAAAUCUCCUGACUCCCAACACGCUGCAGUGA